GUACCACUUAAUCAAAAUUCUUAAACUAUGAUUAACACCAUGCAAUUCAUACCGAUUGAUUGCUCUCCACCUGUCAAAUCCCACUUCAUCACACCAACCAACUUAAUAACAUUCUCAUAAACCACAAACCUUAUAACUUACUAUAAAUUAGACCUCACAAAUUUGCUGUUUCAUCACUUCUUACACAUAAUCACAAAUUUACACACUGUCCAAUAUUCUAAUGGCAUAUUUGUUUUGUGUUCCUUAUGCUAAUUAUGCAAUGCUUGUUGUAACAUUUUUAAUAACUACUACAUCUUUCAUGGUAGCUUUAGCUGGAAACUUAGAUCAAAAUGUUGGUAUCACUUGGGGAGAUGGAAGAGGUAAGAUUUUGAACAAUGGUCAGCUUCUUACUCUGUCUCUAGACAGAGUCUCUGGCUCUGGUUUUCAAUCCAACAAUCAAUAUCUUUAUGGUAAGAUUGACAUGCAAAUCAAACUUGUUCCUGGAAAUUCAGCUGGCACAGUCACCGCUUAUUAUUUACGUUCAGAAGGGUCAUCUUGGGAUGAGAUAGAUUUUGAGUUCUUGGGAAAUUUGAGUGGUGAUCCUUAUAUAGUUCAUACCAAUGUGUACACACAAGGCAAAGGUGACAGAGAGCAACAGUUUUAUCUUUGGUUUGACCCAACUACAGAUUUUCACACAUAUUCCUUUCUCUGGAAUCCUGCACAUGUUGUAUUCUAUAUUGAUGGGAGACCAAUUAGGGAAUUCAAGAACUUAGAGAGUGAAGGUGUUCCCUAUCCAAAGAAUCAGCCAAUGAAAUUAUAUUCAAGUCUAUGGAAUGCUGAUGAUUGGGCUACAAGAGGUGGACUUGUGAAAACAGAUUGGACUCAAGCUCCAUUUACUGCUUCAUUUAGAAACUUCAAAGCCCAUGGUUGUGUUUGGUCUAAUGGAGUUUCUUCUUGCAACUCCAACUCUUCUUCUAAUAAUGCUUGGUUAUCUCAACAGCUAGAUUCUACAAAUCAGAAGAGAUUAAAAUGGGUGCAGAAGAAUUAUAUGAUUUAUAAUUAUUGCAAUGAUCUUAAGCGAUUCCCUCAAGGUCUUCCUUUGGAAUGCACCGUCAGCACCAAAUAAUUGAAUAAACCUAAAAAAAAAUAAAAAUUGUGAAUGUCUCAAUCUUUUUAUAAUUUGCCAUCAUUCUUUGAGCUAUGUUAGUAGUCUUUUUUGUAACUCGUUAUUGUAAAUAAAUUUUAUGUAUGUAAUAUAAAUAAUAUUUCAAUUUCA